UUUCAGUUUCUGUUCAAAAGCAGCACGUAAGAGAAGAAUACUCCGAAAUCUAGAAGAAAAUCGAAUUUGUAUUAACAAAUUUUCAAAUCUCCACUCAUCACUAUCCUCGAUUGACUUUCUUAAAUUCUAUUGGUGAAAAAAUGAUUCAACUGGGAUUGCUCCUUCUACUCUGCGCUAGAGCUUUCGCAUAUCCUGCGCUUACGUCUACGCCUGAUCCUGCUUCUGCGGAUUCGGCUUCACUUCCGACCGCUUUUAUGGCCUCGGCUCCAUCUACGCCUGGUGCUAUGCCUGCGGCUACACCUACAGCUAUACCCGCACCCACUUCUAUGACUGCGGCUACACCUGUGACUGCUGUUAUGCCUACGGGUACACCUACGUCUACUUCUACGUCUACGUCUACCUCUUCGUCUUGUGAACAUUGUAAAAAUGUGCAAAUUGUGCAGGAUUUCGAUCUGGAAGAAUUCCAGGGGCGAUGGUACCUAUUAGGGAAAUAUGCUACCGCUUCUAAUCUGUUCACAAAAUGCAUGACUCCAUACUGGUCGCUGAACGAGGAAGGUACAUUAGAUGCGGAACUCGCCCUAAUAGACGUGUUAAACAACGUAGUAAUAACACAUACCGGCGUUACGACAUUCAUUGGAACUGAAGGAAGAUAUACGGUAGAAUACGAUGGAGUAGGUUAUGGAGAGCAUUGGGUUAUAUAUACAGACUAUACGCGUAUUUCCAUCAUAUUCACUUGUGGUGAUUUAGCAAUUGACGGAGAAACUAAUCUUUUUAUUUUGGGAAGAGAAAAACAGCUGGAUAAAGAUUCUUUCGUGGAAGUUUUGCAAUUUCUUAUGGAUAACCAGCUCAACGAUGUGGCACUGGAUUUACAAGAUUGGUCAGAAUGUCCAGAUAUGACCUGCUGAUAAAUUUUGCAUGUAAUUUUUGCCUUUAUGAAAUUUGCAUUAACAAAGAAUUGAUAAAAGUUACCUGUUUAAACUUUUUUAAUCGAAAGCUAAAUUGUAAUUCAAUAUGCUUAAUUGAGUAAUCACAUGUAAUAUCUUUACUUAACAGUAAAUAUUUUAUUUUAUCCUUGA